AAGUGCCCCAGAGAGCGAGAAAUGGCAAGCGCAAGAGCAUGUGUGUGAGAGUGGGAAGGAUGGAGAGAGGGUGAGUGCGAGAGCAAGCGGGCAGGCGCUGUAAAAUCCAUUAACAGGGGCGCUCUGUGCAUUUGUUAGAUGUCUUGGCUGUCCGCCCAACUUGGUUCAUUGUAAUCGAGGCAUGAUCGCGGACUCUGCUGCUUCGGCUGCUGCUUCGCGUUUGGACCCAGCCCAGGUUUCAAUGCUGACAUGGAGAGACCUACCUCCAGUGACGUCAUGCUGAAGAAGGAGCAGAAGGAUGUGGAGCUGGAUAAAAAGAUUGAGGCUCUCCGCAGGAAGAAUGAAGCCCUCAUGAAGAGGUACCAGGAGGUAGAGGAGGACAAAAAGAGAGCGGAGGAGGAAGGAAUGGCACUGCAGAGCCCCAAGGGCAACGCAGGGGACUUGACCAUCACCAUCAACAAGUCUACCACCGAGCCUCGUGUUGUGAUGACCAAACCAGGCACGGGUGGUUCUCCCACCCCAAAGGGGGUCCAGGUGCUUGGGGAGAGGGAGGCGGAGGGGAGCCUGUUGGGCUCAGGACGGGGCAGGAGGAAGCAGCUACUGGUCACCAUGGCUGGCAACACAAAGGGUAAGAGGGUGGUGAGAGAGAGGCUGGAGAGAAGACCAGGUCCAGGUCCCCCCGGUCUGCUGAAUGUGAAGAGCCUUACAGAGGAUGGCUUGCACCAGCACCUUGUGGAAUCAGCAGGCAGAGGAAAACACCAGCACACUAACACGGCAAAGAAGGACACGGGAAUACAGGAUGAAGGGGGGCAGGGAAAGGGUGUGACAGAGGAGCGUCACUGGCUGUCAGAGUGUGAGCCUUACUACCAGAAGUCUGAGGGGCCAGGCCUGGCAGGUGACACAGACCUCACCAUCCCCACGUCCAAAGAGGAGCAGCAGGAGUACCUGCGCUGGAAGAAGGAGCGUGAGCAGAUCGACCGGGAGCGUGUGGCCCGCCACAGAAAUGCCAAUGGCCAGUGGAGGCGGGCAUGGGACAUGGACAAAACAGAGAAUAUGUUUUCAGAUAAAUCUCCGGACGAGAGAGUACAGGGGCCUCCAGAUAGAGGAGGAAGAAAUGCAAGAAGAGGUCACCCCAAAUCAAAUUCUGAGUCACGGGUUCAGCAACCACGGGGCAGAGACAAGGGGGUUAAAAAAGUGCCCGUGGUCAGCAGUAAAGCCAAGGGCAAGGAUCGGCUGACUGGGAGGGCCAGGAGAUGGGAUGCCAGCGAGGAUGGGGAUGAUUUGCAGGCCUCCGAGACAAGUUUGGAGGAAUUCUUAGAAGAGCUUGAUGCUUUGGGUGGACCUGACGUAGACGACUCCACUGCAGAAACUUUCCUGACCCCGGAUGUGGUGAAGACUGAGGAGGUGAGUGAACCCGUCAAUCCUGCCCUGGACCAAGGCGACUGGCUUCAAGCCCCAGCCGACACCUCAGAGGAGGGUACACCCAGACAGGAGAAGGCUAAGGAAUCGUCCCCUCAAGCUGCAGAGAAGAAGGUCUGCUUCUCGGUGGAGCUCAAUGGGCCCGGGGCCUACGAGCAGACACCGGGACAGGAGGGCUCUGAGCUUCCCGAUUCCUCCAAAACAGAGUGUGCUGAAAGCGGCCAUGACAGUGUGCCCACCCCUGUUUUUCCCACUUCACACAGCAAUGUCGAAGAUGCUGCUCCUCCACAGGAGAAUGCUGUCCAGCCUUUAGAACACGUUAAGAGCAAUAGCAACAGAAAUACAGAGGAACUGAUUGACUCUAGUCUGUCUGUUCUGAGGCUGGAGUCAGGAGAGACUCACCCAACCCACACCACCAGCACUGACAAGGCAAGAGAAAAUGGGAAGAUUGUUUGAAGGACUUUCAACGUUUAUAUGAAUUGGUCAAUAUGUAAAACCAAAACAUGCUUAAGUAGAGAAUUUACCAUAAGCCUUUUAGUUUAAAGUGGAAAUCACAGCACUUUAACUACUUUGCAGAUAUGAAACAGACAAUCAUAAUAUCAGUCAAAAAUAUCACAUUUCCAGUUCAUGCUACAAAACCAACUUUAUAAGAGGUUUUAAAAAUAGGUUCUAUUUGACAAAAAAAAUUUCAUGACAUAGAGUAAGGCAUUGUUGGCAGAAUAGAUGGAUGCAGUUCAAUGCAUGAUUCAUAUAAUUUACCAAUACAUUUCUUGGUAGUCCAACAAUGUUGCUAUCAGCUUGUAAAUCACAGCUGGCCUGGUACAUUGUUUGCCGCCUCCAUUCGGGAUGCACUGUUUCAGUUUCAAUGACUCAAUAUUUUGUCCAAAAUAUUGACAAAUAUAGUUUAGGCUCAGAAUGUCAAUACAAUAGUGAUGGACAUUCAGAGUAUUUUCUGUGAGUUGGCUAAUUUGGCUCCGUUCACUUAAAAGAGCUGGUUUAUUUGGCUCUGAAACAGCUCUUUGUUCCAACUGCUUAAAAAUGGACUUUGAACCACCUAAAAUCAAUCUCCAAUGUCAAGCCCAAAAAGUAAGCUACCAUUAUAUCAGAUCGGGAAAUUCGGAUUCAAAUAUAUUUUUACUUGGCCAAAUUUAUUAGAUUAUUAUUGGUUUAAGCACUGCAAAAAGUGUGGGCCUGAAUGUAUGCAUAGUUUUGGUAUAGUAGCAGUAUGAAAAUCAGGAAGCCAAAUGAACGUCUCAAUGCAAUUCGGUUCCCGAUGUUCACCAAAAAGUUAACGACCCAUCACUACAAUAAACUAGCAAGGGCAAUGAUCACAAGUUAGCCAUAACGUGGCUAAUAGGCUAGCGUAUCUAUUUAUGUAGCUAUUUAUUUAGCAAGCUAAAAACACUGAGCCAAAUGAGCUAGCUGCUGGGAGGAUGUCAUGUCAUUGGAUGAGUUUCCCCUCAUAUCGUUUUUCGGUGGCAACAGCUAGAGAUGAAUUUGGUUAGUUAGCAAGAGACGUGAAUCGCUUGGCUAGCUAGCUGAACUUGAACGACCGUUACACACAGCAUGCAGAUCUCUUUAGUUGUCAAUCAAAUGCAUUUGGCAUUAAUCAAAUGGGCGGGCGGGCAGGCAGUUCCCAUUCAGUUGUCAAAACGUAGGUUGGGACAAGCAUGCAUUGGCAGGCAAGCUGCAGAAAGGUUACUGCAGGCUACUUAUUCUCCAUCGUUUCAGUGCAAUUUUGAGGGCAAACUACAAGCUGAAAAACUUUGAGAGGGUUUAUCUAUUCUUUGAAAUCAUCUAGCUCUGGCUAACAUUAGUUGUUGAUUUUAGGGAGGGAUAAUCUACUUGUUCUUGGUUGUUUGAUCAAUAGGACUGUAAAGUUCCCAAAUGUAAGAGGACUGCCGUGGUGUUUGCAUAUUUGCAGAAAUCCAUUUUCAGGUGUAUUCUUUGGCUAAUGGUUUAAAGUCACGCUGUUGCUACUGCCUGUAAACACAGUCCAGUUCAAAGUGAAAGAUGGCAGGCCCAUGUGGCAAAUGGCUUAUUUGCAUAUAGGCCUACUGUGUAGAGUCUGGUCUGUGUAGAAACCGGUUUAGGACAGGACUGACACGUUUUUUAAUGAGGUUUUAUUUACUGCAGUGUCUAUUGUACAAAUGCAGGACCGCUUUCCCCACUAUAUAUUGCUAUAGAAUUUUCACAAAUGACUUGCUCUACAUAAUUUCCAAACAUUCUAUGAAAGUGUGAAAGUAGGAAAAUAACCAUAUUUUAGUCAGAAAAUGCUGUCAGUUCCACUUUAAUAGCACAUUUGCUUCCAAUAGCUCUUUGAAGAUGUCCUGUGCCUAGUUGGUCAAGGUGAGACUAGCAUCCACAAUGUUCUUUCAUUUGAAAUGAUGCUAGUUGCUCACAGUGGGAAAAGGAAACGAUAAAUGUUCAAAGUAAGUCAUUUUGAGAAUUUUGUCUGCUUGAAAAUACUUACAAGCACUUUAUUCUUUGAGGUAUGAGUAUUGACACGUCAUAUAUUAAGUAAGUGUGCUAUUUGAAUGGCAAACUUAUGUUGAAUGGCUGUCUUUGUUUACAUUUGAAGUAUUAUUUCAAGAUACCAGUCCUAAUGCUUGUAUUAGUUCAGUUCCUAUGGAUGACUAACCUACAUGACCUGAACAGGCCCUGCGUUUAAACUUCACUGCUGCAAGUGAUUGUCAAUCAAAUUACCUGGUGUUGUUGUGUCAAUCUUUGCCUUAGCAGUAGGCCUAAUUUGAAUGAUGAAAUAUAAUUAGCAUUAUAUGCUUAUAAUUAUACUGUACACUGGCUGUAGUUAUAGUGCUGUGAAAAAGUAUUUGUCCCCUUGUACUCAGUAACUGGUUGUGCCACCUUUAGUUGCAAUGAGCUGCACAUAUUUUUGUGUCUGAAUGUUAUCAGAUCUUCAACCAAAACCUAAUAUUAAAGGGAACCUGCGUUUACAAAUAACAAAAAAAUAUGCAGUAUAUACUUAUCUUAUUUAUUUAAUUAACAAAGUUAUGCAACACCCAAUGCCCCUGUGUGACAAUUGCCCCCUUAUACUCAAUAACUGGUUGGACAAAUUAUUCAAAAGUAUAACUUUUUGCACACUGAGUUACAGCAGUUUUGCAUUGAAGGGUGUGCCAAAAUUCCUUCACAGCGACGUGAGAGACUGAUCAACUACAGGAAGCAUUUGGUUGGAGUCAUUGCAGCUAAAGGUGGCACAACCAGUUAUUGAGGGGGCAAUUACUUAUUCAGACAGGGGCAUUGGGUGUUGCAUAACUUUGUUUAUAAAAUAAAUAAAAUUAGUAUGUAAUUGUUGUUAUUUGUUCACUCAGGUUCCAUUUAUCUAAUAUUAGGUUUUGGUUGAAGAUCUGAUAACAUUCAGUAUCAAAAAUAUACAAAAGUAGAGAACAUUAAAAAGGGGGAAAUACUUUUCAUGGCGCUGUAUGUAACUUUUCUUAUUAUCAAUUAAGUAGAAAGCUCCAACCAUUGCACUUAUCUGUUGAUAUGAUAGCUCAUUCACACAGUAGUUUACGGCUUGGUUUGGUGAAACCAGUUACAUGAAGUAAAAGUCCAUUCAAGUGCAUUAUUUAAGUGUGGGAUUACUAUGUAAUAUAAAGUUCAGUAUACAUUUUCUGCUAUUUUCGAAUACAAAAAUCGUAUUGGCAGAAAAGUUCAAAUAUAGCUAAAAUGCUAGAAGGUUCCUCCUUCAAUGAUGGUUGUUAAUUGUUUUUCUUCAAAAAAAAUGUAGGAACUAUUUCACGUUUAGUUUUGAGUGAUGUGAUAUUACCGAACGGUCCAUGUUGAUUUGAUUUAUUUCUCUCAAUUGGAUUGUCAAGUACUAUUUGCUGGAGUGUAAACUCUUACUUGAUGACAUUAGCGGAUUGAGUGCUUUAUUUAAAGUAGGGAAAGGGUCAUUAAGUUGCCUUUGUUGUUUUAUCAUACUUUGAUAGACUGACAAUAAUAUAUGACUGAGCGCCUUACCAUGUAAUAAAUAGUAAGUGUAUUAAUGAAACACUUUCAUUCUUCAUUUUAGAGUACUUCUUUAUGCAAUUCAUUGUACAGCACAUGUUGGAGAACAUGGUAUUAAAAGCACAUUGCCAUGACCAAGUGACAAUUUACAGGAGCAAGUUGAGGUUCUUUCGAUUGUUAUUAAAAGGAGCUGUGGAGGUGAAAAAUAAAGAGUGAAAUUGAGAGCUAACAGAAUUGAAGUUAUUUUGUUGGGAGAAAACAGAAGUGAACAAAUUGAUCCUGGGAGAGGGAGAAAGGGAGAGAGUUGAACGUAGGGAGGUUUUUUGUGCGAAGUAGUGGAAUUGCCUUCAACCAUGUGACUGUAGUGCAAAACAUACUUCUCCUGUUCAGUGCCUGUUCCAUUUUAUAUAAGGGUUACAGUUUGUUUGUUUGUUUGGUAAGUGUAUUUAUUGCUUGACAUUUACGUCAUCACCAAGCCUUGCCUCAUGACACUUGAACAUUUUAGAAAUGAUUGUCUGCCAUAUUACUGCUCCUUUCAACAUUAAUGUGCAUCACUGUGAGCCCUGUGCUCCAUGGACUCACGCAGGAUGUUUGAAUAAUUUCAAAAAAUGUGUGUCCAUCGAGUUUUUUACAGUCAAAAUGUAUUCUUUGUUUGUAUUAACUUGAGUGCAAAUUCUAUGAUUGUAAAACCGUUGUAAGUUAGCAUACAGCACAAUAAAAAAGUACCCCCUGUUUCA